GGACAUAACAGUACUAGAUUUAACAUGCUUAUCUCUUCGCUGUCGAAUAAAAUCCCAAUUUACGUAUUUAUAAAGCCUCCCCAACUAAAAACUUGUAUAGAUCAGUCACUACUUACGUUUCCCUCUCUAAAAUACAUUCUCUCUCUGAAAUAUCUAUGCUUGGGCAUGGCAACCUCAGACGCAUCGCUUACGCUGGAGCUUAUCCGCCAGCACCUCCUUGAAGACGCCGACUCGUUUUUCAGCAACGUUACUACUCUUUGUUUCUCCGAUGCUUAUGGAGAUGAGCUGAACGCCCUACCCGAAAUCGACUCCCCUUCAUCCGGGUCGGAUCUCAACGCUGUGGGCCCGGAUGAUUUCGAGACGAAGCCCCAAAUUAGCUCAGCCGAUGAUGAUCUGUCGUCGGUGAAACCCGAACCCGAACACUGGUCGGGCGGCGGAAGGCGCUACAGGGGAGUUAGGAGGAGGCCGUGGGGAAAGUACGCGGCGGAGAUCCGGGACCCGGCCCGGAAAGGGAGCCGGGUCUGGCUGGGGACUUAUGACACCGACGUGGAUGCGGCCAGGGCGUAUGAUUGUGCUGCUUUCAAAAUGAGGGGCAGAAAGGCCAUUUUAAACUUUCCGUUCGACGCCGGAAAAACGUCGCCGCCGCCCAACGCCGGCCGGAAGAGGAGACGAGAGAGGAUGCCUGCCCGGUUGUGUGAGAUGCACUGCUAAUAUAUUCGUGGAAUUUAAUUACGAUAAAUGUGUGUGAGAUGCCGAGUUGUAGUUUUUACUACUCCUUUAUUUGUUUUUGUGUUUUUUUGUACAGGGAAAUUUAUAGUUUUGAAUAGCUAAAAAAACCUUAUUAUCUUGAUGAA